AUGGCCCCUCGAAACGUUUCUCUUAUCGCGUACCGCAACGCGGCAAGCCAACGUGCCCAUUUUGCGAUUUUUGUACCUACUGCUUCCGAUCAGGAUCGCGGAACCAUGAUCCACGUUGUUGGCGCCCCGAUGGCCGGCUACCGGCUGGAGUUUAAGCGGAACUAUGCGAUCAACUUAACCCUGCAGCUAUAUACCAGACUUGCGAUCGGGCAAAUCGACUCUCAACACAUCGUUCCAGAUUCGGAUCCUCAGGCCCCGCUGGUCACAGACUCCUCCCCCAAGUGUGCAAUUGAAGUUGCAGCGACGCAGAUUCCUCCACCAGCAAUUAGCCAAAACUUCCUGGCUCCUGUCAAUAAUACCACCAACAGAAGGUGCCAAGAAUGGACAAUGGACUAUGUACACCGUCUAGUCCACCAUCAAUAUCUCAAUGAAAAUGCGAUCCAGAUUGUUCAGUCUGCACGCGAUCCUCCAAAUCACGGUGUUGGCUUGAACCCGGUUGGCGGCGGGCGUGGUCGAGGCAGGGCACAUAUUCACCGAAAGCAGCAAACUCAGGCUCAUAGUCUCGAUAAGGAUCCCGAUAUCUCUUUGAAUCAGGAAGCCAGCUUUGAGGCAGAGAAGAAAACCAGUCGUUGA